AUGUUUUCCUCGCUCAACAGUGGCGCCGCCAACAGCACCGGCACCCCAGCCAGCAGUACUCGUGGCCGCCGCCGCCAGCGACCUGUAUCCGAUGAAUCUGUCCGCCAGCCCAAGGCCAAGCGCGCCAGAAUACCUCUGAACGAGCAGACAUUCAACCCCGAGGCCAACCAGAACGAGACAUACGAAGUCAAGCCUGCGCGAUCCUCUGUCGCCAGCCUUAAGCAGGACGGCAUCGACGGCAUCGAGAACAGCCCGUCGCAAACCAAGAAGGAGCUCAGCUUCCGCUCCAAAAAGGCUAAGACCGGCGAGCGCUUGAGCAAGGGAGAUGGAAGUGUGGUACUAACGAGUAACAAUGCCUUCGCCGUGAGCAAACUACCAGCCCUGCCAGACAGGCUUCGAGCAGAUGCACAAAGCCGACAACAUGGUGUCCUCGACCCCUCCACCGGCUACGCCCUGAGCCUCACCCACACACACGCCGUUGUAUGGCCAUAUUCAGUUUCCUCUUCUUCCCCCGAAUCCUUCACAUUUUCGCUGCCAUAUCCUUCGAGGCACUCGAGUGAUCCCUUACCGCUAGGGUCACUUGUGCCUCCCUCAGCCUCUUCGUCCGAGCCAGGUCUGGUCGUUGUCAUGCCUACGAGCGGGAAAAUCACAUACUGGGAAUCCAUCUCGAGCGCGUCAACACUCGACUUUAUGCGACAACAACGCAAUGGGGUCGAAGACUCGAUAUCGGGCAUGUGGUCGAGCGAGAACGUCAUCCAGAUCGUCAGCGCCGAAGCAGCCGCGGGUUUCGUUCUGGCUUUCAGCAGUGGACGUAUGGCCUACAUGAGCGUCCGCGAUGCCCAUGGCAAGCCCGCCAUUGCCCUACAAUUUCUACGCACAACCCUCGGACCGUCAACCGGAGGCAUUUUCGGCAGCCUUCGACACUUGGUCUCAUCCUCCUCAAUCCAGGGCGAGAUUGCAGCUGUGAGAUCUGACAGGUCCCUGAAGCAGGGAGAGCAAACUGUUGUUGCCGCAACAGUCAAGGGCCGAUUCCAUGCCUGGAAAAUCCAUCGCGGUGGCCACCAUGACCUGCUCACCGAGUUCGAUGCCAAGGAGACGAUCGUCCGUGCGAUUGCUGAGGUCAAUACCGACAAUAGCCUCUCCCAUGAUUCCCUCAAGAUCCACGACUUCGCUUUCGUCCCCAAGGACAUGGACGACAAACACGCCGACAUGAGCCAGCUACGCCACGCCCCGGCCUCGGUCACCCUUCAACACAUACUUGUUCUUGCUUCUUUGUCCAGCAAAAACGUCGGUCGAUAUUUCCUCGUCGAAGUCAACAUUCCAAAUGGCGCGUCAGCCGAGACGCCCAUCACUGUUGGCACCGUCAGGCCUAUCACAAGCUAUACAACUCCUCCGGAUCCGCAUGCGCUGGUGAAACCAAGGCUUCACCUGCCGAGGCCAGCCGUCGUCUCUUUUCUCGUGUUCGAGCGUGCAGUAAUUAUCGCAUCGAUUGCAAAGGCCCCAGCGUCCCCCGACUCACAAUUACAAUUCGAGAACCACACUCUGCCCCCAACCUACGAAGACGUGAUAGACCUGAGGGCAGACCCUACACUUGAAGUUGUUGCUUCUAACGUCGAAGAACCGCAAGCGCCAGGAUCCGAUGAGUCUCGCACAUACCGGAUCAAGGCCAAGAACCCUUCAGCUAUUCUUCUUAUCCGUGGGACGGGAACGGUGCGCGUUGCAACCACCGACAUUGAACGUUUCGCGAGCGAGCAGCCCCCCAAAAUCACCCCCAAAGGCAAACUCGAACAGGCCGUUUUCUUCGGCAUCAAGGAUGACAAUCCGUUGGUCUUUGAUGUACCGCGACAGUUGCCUUUUAGUGAUAAGGAACUUGCCGACGCCGCCCUCGAGCUCAGCCAGGAUAUUCUAACCUCAAACAGCCCUCAUCUUGCCAGUCUAGCACCUCAUCUCGAAAACAACAUGCUGACUCGUGUGCGAGCUCUGGAAAAACUCAUCGUACACCUGAAUAGCCUGAAAGUGAAGCUGGGCAGGGCUACCAAAUGGGAGUUGCUCUGGAACGCUGAGAAACUGCAAACUGCUCGCUUGGUUUGGGCCAAGCAUGAGAAGUUCGUCCACGACCGUGCCGACGACGACAAGAAGGACCUCAUUGCCGAUAUCGUUUACUACAUACGUGACGAGGAAAAGAACCAACCCAAUGUCGCCAAAGGAGAAGUCGACACGCUGCGACACUGGUUUGUGCAUGACUCGCACAGGAUGAAUAUCUUCCUCGCCUGGGCGUACGAGGUCAUCAAGUACCAGUCCAAGGCCAAGGCAGCCAACGUUAUUCUGACGCGCUUGAUUUACGAAGCGGUCGAGGUUAUGAAUGGCGCACUGCGGGAUGCAAUGGAGUUCCGCAGGAGGCAUCUUGCCUUGUACGGGUUGUCCGGCGAGAAGCUUGCCAAUGGCAUUCUGGCCAGCAAUUAUGCCGACCUGCCAAACCCUUGGACCUCUGAUCAGUUCAUUGCCAACAAUCUCAAACGUCUAGUCGAAUUGGCCUCGGAAUGGGUCAACACCGACAACCACGCAACCUCGCCUACUGACGCGGAGAAGCCACUGAUUCAGCGAAUUCGUACACUAUUACCUGAUCUCACCGAGGUUUACCUGACGUCAUUGCAAGAACUGUCCCGGUGGGCUCUCGUCAGUGACGAUCCAAACACCGUUAAACUAGGCGAGACGUUCGAGGAGACCUACCAGAGUGACCGUUACGAUAAGAUCAUUUUACUGGCCGCGUCACAGAACUGGACAGCUGCAUAUAGACUUGCGGAAGAGCACAAGGCACUUGACGCUCUUGGUCUGGUCCUGAUCACAGAAGAACAAGAAUACAAAGCAAAGCUUGAACGAGGCGGCCUGUCUCCCGAGGAAAGCCGACGGCUACAGGAUCUACUGGAUGCCAAGGCCGAGCAAAGGCAGACCUAUAUGGAAAAGUACGGCAAGGAAUUUGCCUUCCCUUACUACGAGCAUCUCAUAGAUCAGUGUGGCGUCGACGCAGUACUGGAGGAGAAUGGCGACAAGCUCUUCAAGACGCCGUUUCUCCGUACGCACCGACAAUACGCCAAGCUCUCUUGGAUCCAUGACAUCACCACAGAAGGCGAUAUCAUCAGCGCAGGAGACACUUUAGUCGACCUUGGCUUGCACCGCGAGAACAAGGUCUGGAACAAGAAGAUUGAGCUUAGCUUGGGUAAGCUUGCUCGUAUGGCCGAAGCGUCGCGCCCUUCCAGCAAGGCCUCCUUCAGUGCUCAAGCUGCCACUAUCAGCGCGAAUGUGACAGAGGCCGGUGUUGAGGCGAUUGACAAAGAGCUUGCCAUUAUCCGAAUUCAAGACGAUCUUUUUGAGCAACUUCGCCCUGUGCUUGAGACCGCACUUGACGAGUCAGCUCAGCUCGCUUUAGUGGUUGAGGCUUUCGCGCCGAAAAUACCCAAGAAGUAUAAAAUCCUGUUGGAUAUCUUUGAAAACGGCCUUGAUCGACUGCUCAAACGCGAUGCUCUUGACCCUUUGACCUUGAUCGAUAUCCUUACUUUGGCUCAGCUCGACGCUGAUUUCAAGCAAGCCAUGCCAGAUCAGUUCUUCGAAGCUCUUGAAGUAGCUCAUUACGGAAUCAAGGACGCUGCCCAACGGGAGGAAGCCGAAAGAUUAAUCUGGAGGAGAUGCUUCCUUCGCGAAGAAUGGACAAAGAUCAACAACACCUCUUUGAAGGGUGAUACCGAUGUCAUGGAAGUCCUAGGAAACACCGAACUGUUCCAGGUCUUCUGUGUGCUGUAUACGAUCCAGCAUGAAGCUGAGCCAAGGAAUUAUCGACGCUGGCUCCCAUCAGAGGUCUUGGGUGUCUACACCGAACAACCAGACAAACGUUUCAUCAAAGGCGACAAAAGCACUCGUGAGAAGCUCUUGGAGGCGAUGCAGUGGGAGGACAACAACCUCAACAAGCACAUUGAGAAACACCGUUUGGAUCAUUGGGCGAAGGAGACUCGGAAGCUGGCUGAAGCAGCUGUCGACGACCAUGCUGAUACGAAAACAGCAGAAGGCGCAAUCUCGCCCGCCUUUUCGCCGUCCCGGUCUAGAUCGAAGGCCUCCAACGGCUUCACGCAGAAUGGCAGCGCACACUAG